GGCUUUCAUGUCUUACAAACAACCACGUUGCUGAGAAAAGUAGUAAAACAUUUGAAUUAUAAGACUUUUAAAAAUGCGUGUUAAGAAACCGAAGCGACCAACAACACCUCCUUCGGAAGAUGAAGUCGAUGACAAUUUUGUUGUGGAUCCAGAUCAAAUUUUCGAUGAAUUGCCUCAACCAUUCCGACUUGUUGACAAAACUUUGAGGCAAAUUUUCGACGCUGCUUGGGAGCGUAUUGAAUGCAUUGAAGAACGAAAGGCAUUGAAGCGCUCCAAAGCGGUAUUGCCACUGUUUGACCUUGCAAAACAACUGUCUGAGUACAACGGGACGACUUGCAUUUGCACGGCCGCCGAAGGAAAUUACUUGUUUAUUUCUAAUACUAAUAGAUUUUUAGUGGUAGACAGUUUGUUAGACACUGUAGUUGCUUCCUACGAAGAAUUAGAAGAUAACACUGUACAAAUGUCAGCCUGCUGCCUACAGGAAGGAUGUUUUCUGAUUUCAACCUUGGAUGAUGUAGGUAUGAAGCUUCUGUUACCUUGCAUGUGCAUGUACAGUGUCCUUAAUCAUGAUAAGCUUGAAAUUUUUUUUUUUUUCAGAUGAAAUGCAUACUAUAAGAAAAUUUCAAAUAUACAUAUAUAAUAACAGUAAUAUCCCAAAAAACAGAAGAGAGUCAUGUUGUAUAAUCCUUCUUUCAACUUAGUUACUUUUCAUAAAAUAGUGAGCUUUUAGUGCAGUUUUAGUGAAAUGUAUUGACUUCAUUCCAUAUACUUAGGAUGUGCCAAGCUCUUCUGUUUCACUGGAGAUAAGGUUCAUCUCAUAAAAACAUUCAGUGAGCCGGUAUGUGACUGUGUAUUGUACAGUGUUCUCCUUUUCAGGCAGUAACCACUAACAUUUACUGCCUGUAGUACCUCUUAUUACCAUUUAAAAUUGCUUGGAAUUCUUGAAAACUCAUCUUGUAAAAGGAUUGCUUUACUCGUUUGAAAAUUUCUUUUACCUGUCAUGCUUAAAAUAAUUGAGAACACUGUUGUAGCCAACUAGAUUCUUCAUCAUAAUGACAUUAAUUACUCUUUUGAAUUUUAUAGUUGAACAGUUACACUUUAAUUUACCACCAAAUGACAAGUGAAAACUAAAAACCACAAUCGCAAAAAAUAAAAACUUUCUAAAUGCCAGUAGAUUCAAUAGUAUUUCUGCUUUUUAAUAGGUGAACAAAUAAUUUUGAGUUCUUAGCUGAGGUAAUAACUUUGUAUUAUAAAUUACUUUUAUGUCAAUCCUCUUUAGGAAGGUAUAAGCAAGCAGGCCAUGGUAACCCUUGUUGACAUAAGUCAAGAUGGGGGAUACAUUGGAGUUGGGUGGAAAGGUAACUCAACAAAAAAUGAUAAAAAUUCAGUUAAAACUAGGAAAAGACCUUAUUGAGGGGUUUUUAUAAUUAAAGAGAAGCUUUGAAAAAUUGUAAGUGGCAAUUUCUCAUCAUGGGACAUGUUCUUUCUCAGGAUCCCUUGAACAUUUUUGAAAUAUGCUAACAUGUGCUGAAAAAACUGUAAUUUAACCCAAACAUUGAGGUAAUUUUUGUCUUGGCAGAGCUACAGAAUGAAAAAAUAUUGAAAGAGUUUGCAAGUGUGGUGUUUGACUGAGAACUUACAUGUACAUAAAAUUAUUAUGUUUCUUCAUGUUCAUUUAUGGUGUAGUUCCAAUGAAAGAGAGUUGGGUGGAAAUCUAUAAAAUUCCCAGAGAGACAUGGAUCAAGGAAUUGGAAACAGCCAUGGCAGUUGCAGUUCGCUCAAGGAAACCAACAUUAGCAGAAUCAUCCGCACCAGUGAGUCUUAAGGAUGUUUUCUUGAAAAAAUUUUUUCCUUCUCAUGCUCAUGUGAAGCAAAUUUCAGCUGGACAUUGAAAGUAAUAUUUUUAGUGCAUGGUGACACUUUUGCUUCUCCUUACUUUGUGAUAAUUAUUAUGAUUUCUUGCAAAACAAUCAUUAACUAUCUGGCAGAGAGUUGUGGUUUAAAUAUUCCAGAAGAGGGUGCAUAAGGUGGCCAUUUCAAAGAAUGCAUUAGUUCUUGAACAGUACUUCAAAUAAUGUAGUCUUAAGCACCCUUUCUUCCUGAGGAAAUCUCCAACUCUCAGUUCUGACUCUGUUAGAUACAUAUACAUGUAUGUUUAAGAAUCCUGUUGCUGCUAAAAUUAUGAAUUACCCAGGGGAGUAUGCUAUUCAUGGCCCUGAUUAUUUUCAUUUCAGGAUUUGGAGGAAAUUGCUGCAGCAGAACAGCUCCUUAAAUCCACUGAGGAUCAAGAACCACCUGAAGGAACAGUUAGUGUACAUUUGAUAUGAGACUGCUCAUCUUAAAGUUUUUUCAGUACAGUCCAUGUACUCUGCUAAAUUUAGUGAGCAAUUACCUACACUGUAUUUGUUGUCAAUAGAACCCUCUCUAUACAGUUGGUUCUUUACGAUAGAAACAAGGAUUGACAUGCAUCUUUCCAGGUUUUUGUUACUAACCUCUUUACUCUGAUAGUCACCUUCAGGGUCAAGACCAAGCUCAGCUCAGGCAGGACAGCAUCAACCUGGCCUGUCAGUUAUCUCCUUCACCAAACCAGCAGCUGUAUUACGAGUGCGACCCCCUGCUCCAGUGGGCCCUUGUGCAGCCACUAACUGUUCAGCAGCCUUGAAAGCUACUGAUGCAGAGGGUAAUGUCAUUGGUACUGGUUCAAGCCAUGUGCUAAUGAUGCAGUUUUUUGAGAAUUAUGACAAAGCAUUCCAGCAGCUUCACAAGGAGGAGUUGAAAUAUCUGAACAUUGAUGACCAGGAUUUGACAAGGUCUGAAAUUUUUAAUUAAUUUAGUUAUGAAUAGUUCUUUAUUAAUUUCUGCAUUGUUUGUUUGUUUUUUUUUUCUGUGUCAAAUGUGAACCAUGAUAUUUCAGUUGAGCUAGUACAUGUAAUAAUGUUGUGAGUAACAUGUCCUCCCUCAGAUAGUUGCCCCUUUGGCCUAAGUAAUCAUGAAAACUAUGUAAGUUUGAAAUUUGUAUAUAGAUAGUUCAUGCAUUAGGACACCAUAAUCUUACAAAGUAUGAUGUCAAUCAAACUCAAUCACAGCAGAUGAAUGGAGCUGUCUAGAUCAUAUAACUAGGAACUGUCAGCCAUUUAUUCAUCUCAGCACUUGUUUUGCCAUUGAAGGAGUCAAACUUGGGUGUGGUUGCUGUAAUUGUUACAAUUAAAAAAGGUGUUUUUAUAUUGAUUGCAGCUUCCCAAGAUUACACUUCUUGGCACCUAGCAGGUUAAUUCCUUCAGGAUUGGAGUCUGCACCUAGUAAGCCAAUGAUGUUUUUGUAUUGAUGAACAUACCUUGCUUAAGAGUCUCCAAUGUUUUUUAGAUCAUUAAGAUCAUAGCAAAGUACACUGAAAUUAUUUAGUUUAUGCUCAUUGUCUUUUUUGAAGGUAAAGUUAACUCCUUAGCAGUGUGGUGGUCAGGAGGUACUCAGUUAUAUAUGUAUUCACUUGUCAAGAAUGCUAAAGGUAAGGGUCUUAUUGUUGCAGCCUUUUUUAAGUCAAAUCUUCAGUGUAGCUGACAUUCCUUGAAUGUAAAGCACUAUGCAGGUUACAGUGACUUUGUAAUGGUUGCCAAUACACACUCUAUUGUAUUUACAGAUAUCUUAAUGUGGGAAAACUCAAAAGCUUGUGAGAAAAUGCAAUGAGAAAAGUAGCCUACAGCAUUUAUAUUGUUUCUGCAGUGCAGAUAUUGGCAGUUUUUAUUCUUAAGAUAUGUUAAAUGAGUUUAAAUGUUAAAGCAAGUUUGUUGUCUUCCCAAGAUCUUGAACACAAGCCAGACAUAGUAUGGCCUCACUCAGAAAAGAUUAUCAUUAGUGCAGUCAGUGAAUGUGGCUGCUUUAUGGCUUUGGGUCUCAACACAGGAACUGUUGUUGUUUGGGAUGUCUAUAGAGGUGAGAAAAAAGGCAUACUACUGCCAGUGAAGUAGUGCUUUUAAUAGAGAGAUUUUUGCAAAUUACAUAACAUCAGAUUUUCAUUUGUUCGUUCUGCAAUAGCAGACUACUGAAACAGAAGCAUCCUUUAAAUUUUAAGACAACAUGAAUCCAGUCAUCCAAGAUCUUAGGUCGCUGGCUAUUCACCAUUACUUGGUUAUUCAAAGGGGAAACCAUGGUAUCCCCUGGAUAAAUCUCUGUCCAAUGGAGAGUGAAGUGGAUUGUUCGUUUUGUUAAAACGUAUCCGCUGGAUAGCAAUUUAUCCUUUGGAUAGCGUUAUCCGCCCUUUGACUCACUGGGCCAAUUGCUUAUGUAACCAGCAUUUUAGGAAAGUUUGUAGUGGCUUACAAAACGUUUACAUCACACCUCAGAGGUUUGGAAUGCUAUGGAAUGUCAACAGUGUCCAUUUUGUUUGUGCUGUAGGCACUCUGUUGAGGGUCUGUCCCAUCACUGAGAAAGGAAGAAUACUUGUCCUGUGCUUUUUGACAAGCAAUGAAGGCCUCAUCACAACGCAGGGUAAUGAUUUAUCGCCUUCAUCAGCAUCAUCAUGUGCCAAUCUCAUUGUAAGCUGUGAUGAUGGGACAUUCUGUCUCCUGCAAUGUGGAGUUGCUCUGUCACACUCAGCUAAACCCCUCGAGGACAGGUACGUUCACAAGAUUUUAUUUUCAAACACGUUUCUACGAAACGCAUUUUACUGCCAAAAUUAUCUGAAUAGUCAUUGUGUAGGUCACGAAUAGUCAUGAAAUUUUGUAAGCUCAUUAAAAAAUAACAAAACUUGAUAAUGGAAUUUGGGACAUAAUGGAUAUGUAAUUGAAGAUGUUUCAGCUGCAUGAACGAAUCAGACGUACAUAGUGUAAGUUCAAGAAUUGAGUUUAGAUAUUUCUUUCAUUAACUGAACCAAAUGGAUGAAAACAGGAUUUGCUUGCCGUCUUCUUUCAGAUCUGCAGUAGACAAGGAGGUCAUUACCAAUGUUGUCAAUAUGUCUCAGACACCACAAGUGGUAAGGAAACAACUCAAACGUAGUGGUUUUUUAAGGUUGUAGGUGACGUUUCUCCUUUGUGCGGUGACGCCCCAAGUUCCGUCAACCCAGGUGAAGUUCCAUCGCCUCGAAGUAUGGUUGCGUCGCCGUCAACUUUUUCUUUAGUUUCAUUAAGGAUUUAGACAUAUUUUGACAUAAGUUUCAAAGCUUUGAGGUUCAACGGCCUGAUUAUCAAAACCUUCAAUCAACGGUCGUGUCCAAAAAGCUAACAAUAUGAAGUCCCUCUAAGUUAGGAACUUAGCAAUUGCAACAUUGCGACCGUUGACCACACUUCGGGGCUACGUAACUUCUCUCGGGGGCGAAGGGACUUGGAGCGACCGUGUAAGGGGGCGACAUUACCUGUUAUCGUAUUCACAGUGCUUAGGAUGGUUGGGUCUUUUGGUGAUGCAGCUCGAAACAGUCAUGUUUCACGGAACGCUUUUUUUUUAGGUUGCUGCUGUUGUAACGAGUGGACGAAUUACUAUGUACGAUGUUUGUAGCUGUACAGCAAUAUGUCAUGUUGGGCUGCCCGAGUCUUAUCUGCUCUCACCACAGCUGCCAUGUAUCUGUGCUAGCGGCAAGGUCUUAAUUUUGAUUGGUGCGCAAAGUAAUGGAGAGAAUCAAGAAGCGUUGGACAGCGAGGUGAGUGUAUGAUCCAAAACAGUCACAUGAUCGGCUGUACCUUGUGUGCUCACUUUCUGUCCUUACCACAUUUUGACGUCAUGGGACCUAUUAGUGAAGAGAUACAGGACAACAUAGAUAGAAUCUCCUUGUUAAACAUGCACUGGGCAAUUAUCGAACGUUCUUGUCUGACUGUGCCUCCAAAUUGAUGAUGCUGUCACAGUCCAAAAAAACAUUGCCUAGCACCUUUUCAUGAUGAAUAUUAUUCACUCAUUUCACUGUCCGCCGAAUUAAAACUCUAAAUCGUAAUGUUUACAGAAACCUUACCUGAAGGUUGAAAUCUUUGUCUCUUCGCUAGUGAAACUGUCAUGACGCUGAACAGCAACAUUUUUUGUUCGUUUUUCAGACAACAGUGCCGUUUUCUUACAAUCUGCAACUCUUCCCUACCCUGAAAAAAUACUGGAGAGAAGAUGUAACCUCUGAGGUGUCGCCUCCAAAGCAAACUGAUACUAUCGAAGCAAGGCUACAUUCUCUCAUCCAGGGAAGGUGUGUUACCUUUAGUUCCUUCUACUCAGGAGAAACGAUGAUACAUUUGAUAAACGCAAUUUUCGGAGUCCUCAUUAAUUUGAAUUAAUAGUUACGGUGAUCAUCUUAGCACAGGACUUGCUGACUGAUUGUCGUGAAAGCCAAGAAGUACUUCAAGGAGGCAAUGAGAACGCAGAGUAAAAACACAAUUGGUUUUGGAUUUUGCUCUAUUUUGGCUAAGAAAUGUUUUGAGCUAAUUAGGGAGCGUGGUUAACCAUAUAGGCAAAUGUUAUUACAAAGUAUUUCAAAGCCUGUUAUUUCUCUUCUUUGCGCGCAAGCGCAGAAAAUUUUGCAGCCAUCAUUCCAGAAUAAAUUCCAGUUAAUUUCAUAUUUUAUGAAAAUAAAUAGGAGUGAAAUAAACACAACUGUUAGGCAUAUACUAUCCUGAGGGAAGCUCUUGCAAAACAUUGUGCCUUACCCGAAAAUGUCAGUGCGCUAAAUGGAAUCCCUUUCAGUUUUAUUCGUCAUCAGAGUUAAAAGUUUUUAGCUUAAAUAUUUCCUCUCUCCUCUCAUGAAGACUUGUUAGCCAAGAAGACAGGCAGAUGAGACUUCAACAGCGAUGGGCUCAGUAUCAAACUGAGCUGAAGAAUAUCCAUAACAACAAGACGAGGAGAAAUUACUCCACAUGGCUGACGGCAAAAUCUGUGAGUGUUACAUGAAGACAUCACGUGAGGACAUUACAUGAGGACAUUACAUGAGGACGUUAUCAGGGGAAUAGAUAGCUUUUGCAAUCUUGAUCGUUGUCACAGUACCGUGACAUUCUCAGAAAUUUCACUUGUGUGCGAAUUGCAGUGUAAGCUGGCCAACAGAAUUUUAUAUCUCUGACAGAAAGGAAUUUGAGAAAGUUCCAUGACAAAACUAUACACAGUAAGUGCGAGAAAAGUAGAUAAAUACUCAGGACGCAAAAUUUAUGCAGGACAAUGUGAGAAGUGUUUACUAGAAUAUAGUAGUUACUUAUUUCUGUUCCACCACACAAACUUUCAUGAC